GAGCAGCGAGCAGCCGCGCGAGAGUGAGAGGUUGGCCUGGUGAGAGACAAUGGCCAAGAACAAAUGGAAAGGGCAGAAGCCCAGGAAUGUAUUUCACAUAGCCAGCCAGAAACACUUCAUGGGGAAAAGUAAAGCAAAACCAGUUACCACAAAUCUUAAGAAGAUAAUCAUUAAGAACACUGAAAAAAUUAAAAGAAUGAAUGAAGCUUUUGUGAACAUACAGAAGGAGCUUGCUCACUUCUCUCCAGGCCUUUCCCUUGAACCUCUGCAGAAACAGCCGGCUCUUCAGCCGAGUCAGGAAAACAGACCAGUGAAUGUUGAUGAAGCUACGAGAUUAAUGGCUCAGUUGUAAUGCACCUGGUGAUGCAUCAGAUUCCCCCAAA